UUUUCAUUUUUCAUUUUACCUGUGGCCACAUAACCCCAAAUGAGGCAGCUGCCACAAGCCUCGGGUCUAACUGAGUCCUUGUGUGCAGUACCAACACCUCUGACUAUCUGCCUAAACCUGUGUGCCACGCUGCCAGAACUAGCCUUGCAGAUCAAGAAUUCAUCCCUCAGGUGCACUAAACUAUUCUAGAUUAGGCACGGACUUAGGUGGGGGUGGGGGUACGAUUAGAAUCAGACAUGCAGCAAGGAGUGCUUGAGAUACUGGACUCUACUCUCCAAGAUUCUGAGAUUGGAGUCAGGAAUAUUCAAAGUCAAGAAGGAAAGAAGAGAUGAAAUUUAUCUUGAUGUCAAAAGGCCCUCCAAAUUCCCGCUAAUUUUAAGGGUGGCUCUCACUGAUCCGUAUCAUCUCCCCCACUUCCACCAAUGACCUCAAUUUAAAUUCAAAUGGUGUCAUCUUGCUAGAUGCUCUGAGUUCUGGAAGCACAGAGGUGACGCAAUCUGUCUGGGGCAUGGGGCCCUUCCACCUAUUGGCUGCCUGGAGCCCCGAGACCCCUCCCGACUCACCACGGCGGGAAUAAGAGCAGCUGCAGGCGCUGGGAGGCACAGGAGCCACUGCCAGGAUCAAGAGUCACCGCUUCGCAAGCACUGCCUGGCUCCAUCAGGAUCCCCGCAGGCUCAGCUCCAAGGCACCGCUCACCAGGCAUCAUGGGCUUCCUGAAGUUCUCCCCUUUCCUGGUUGUCAGCAUCUUGCUCCUGUACCAGGCAUGCAGCCUCCAGGCAGUGCCUUUGAGGUCAAUCUUGGAAAGCAGCCCAGGCAUGGCCACUCUCAGUGAAGAAGAAGUUCGCCUGCUGGCUGCACUGGUGCAGGACUAUAUGCAGAUGAAAGCCAGGGAGCUGGAGCAGGAGGAAGAGCAGGAGGCUGAGGGCUCUAGUGUCACUGCUCAGAAGAGAUCCUGCAACACUGCCACCUGUGUGACCCAUCGGCUGGCAGGUCUGCUGAGCAGAUCAGGAGGUGUGGUGAAGGACAACUUUGUUCCCACCAAUGUGGGCUCUGAAGCCUUCGGCCGCCGCCGCAGGGACCUUCAGGCCUGAACAGAUAACAGCCCCAGAAUGAAGGUUACACAAUAAAGAUAAACUCUAAUUCUAUUCAUGUAUAAUUAAAGUUAUGUAUAAGAAAGGCUGAUGAAAGACACAUAUAUUUGCAUCCUUCUUAGUAUUGAAAAACCCUUCUCCCUUUGACAGGAGCUAAAGCUAAGUGCAGAAUAAGUUGCCUAUUGUGCAUCGUGUUGUAUGUGACUCUGUAUCCAAUAAACAUGACAGCAUGGUUCUGGCUUAUCUGGUAGCAAAUAUGGUCCCCAUAAACCAUCCUGUUGAUGUUGAUGACUCUGCUAAACCUCAAGGGGAUAUGAAACACUGCCUCUUGCUCUUCUGGGGACACAUGGUAAUGUUGUGACUCAAUGGAACCAUAUGCUUAAAGAACUCUUAAUAUUGUCACUUGUGAAUGUAAUCAAAAUUAAAAACAAAUGUAUUUUCAAUAUC